GGAUUACCUAUCUGGUCAAACGCAUGACUGAAGUUAACUUUGCAAUGGAGGCCAAAACUAAGACCUUGGAAUCAUCACUUACAGUUCCAAGUGUUCAAGAACUAUCACUCCAAAGCCCACACAAAGUUCCACCAAGGUACAUCAGAGAUAAUGAUGAUGAUGAUUUCUGUACUUUUCCUUCUGAUGAUCCAUCUCUUAUCAUACCCUUGAUUGAUAAAGCCAAGUUGGUCAACGCAGAUGCACAACAAGAUGAGCUUCGUAAACUUCACCUUGCUUGUAAACACUGGGGCGUUUUUCAGGGAAAUAUUAGAAAAAUAUUCUGAAGAUAUGAGAGAGGAAGCAAUUUCAAUAUUGAGUUUCAUUACGUUGGCUUUGGGGAUUGAAGAUUCAAAAUUAUCAGAAAGUUUCCAUGAAGGACAAUAUGAUAUAAGGUUGAACUGCUAUCCACCUUGUCCAGAGCCUGAAAGAGUUCUUGGUAUUGUUCCUCAUGCUGACAAUUCUGGAAUCACUCUCUUGGUUGACUUUGGUGAUUUUCCAGGGCUGCAGUUCCUUAAAGACGGAAAAUGGGUCGGUGUUGAGCCGAUUGAAGGAGCCAUUGUUGCUAACAUAGGCCAUAUAAUUGAGGUGAUGACAAAUGGGAUAUACAAAGCACCAGAGCAUAGAGCUAUAGUAAAUAAGUUGAAGGAAAGAUUGUCAGUAGUGACAUUCUGCUAUCCAAGUCCUUCUAUUGAUAUUGGACCUUCUGACAAGUUAAUUAAUAGUGACAGAAACUUACAAUUAUACAAGAGUAUGACAAAUGCAGAGUACUUUAGAAGGUUUUUCAACAGGAAGCUUGAUGAAUCCUUUAUUGAUAGUCUUAGAUUAUAAUAAAUUGUAUUAUUUAGUUGUACAUUUUUGUUGUUCCACACUUUCAUUAUUUCCACUUUGUAUAAUAAUAAGGAUACGUUGCUGCAAUAUGUAUCUUUGUUUAUCCAAUCCGGAAAAGGGUAAAGAUGACUUGUCUUGAUUGCACAUAACAAAAUUUGAGUCUUGUGUUUAGUUUA